UCACGUUUCACCGAGUCAGCAAUUUGAAGUUCUCUCGGGGGUAUAUAAGCAUCUGAAACAUCGACAGUGUAUCCGUGGUCGACGAAAGAGAGGAAUUAAGUCUGCAAAUUCUUCGUGUUGAUAAAUCAGCAUCAUGAGGGUUACACUCGUUUCGGUUCUCGUUCUCUCCUUGCUGGGCAUCUGUUGCGCCUGGUCUGUGAGGAAAUUCCCUGAGGCUCUCCAAGACGUUAAGAGAAGUUCCAGUGAAUCCAGCAGUAGCGAGGAGUCGCCUGAAUCAACGAGCAGCGAGUCAAGUGACUCUUCGGGGAGCAGCGAGGAGACGACUAUAAGCGAAACGACCACAGCGGAAGUGACAACCACAGCGGAAGUGACAACCACAGCGGAAGUGACAACCACAGCGGAAGUGACAACAACAGCGGCAGUGACCACAACAGCGGCAGUGACCACCACAGCGGCAGGAACGACCACAGCGGCAGGAACGACCACAGCGGCAGGAACGACCACAGCGGCAGGAACGACCCCAAACCCCUGAACGACCACAACGGAAUAAACCUCGAGUUAUCCCAUCAGACGUAACAGCGUGUAGAGGAAAUGGCAACGACCGCCUGAUGCACCGACGCUGACCCCUGGCAAGAACCUGACCUUCAAUCGGCUGUUCAGCUUUAUUUAUUGCGAAUUUGUUUACCUAUCCUAUAAUAAAUUAUAUCAUAAGCAAUACGA